UUCGGUAGCCAGUCAGAGGGAUCUACAACCCCGGGGAUGAAUUCAGACGUGGAUAUUCUUACGUGCAAGCAUAGUACCAACAUCAUGUCAGACUGGGCAGACUGGGAGGCAGGGAGACAGAACGCCCUGAUGGUGAAAGAGGAGACAACUCCGCCACAACACUAUUGGCUUCAAUUUAUCAAGCCAGAUUCUCCAGAACCUUAUAGAUAUAUCGGACAGAAACUGAUAAAUUGCUUAGCGCAUGUAGAUAGACGGGUGUUUAUAAGUAAUAAAGUUUUUCUAAAUAGUGUCAAACCACAUUUUGGAGAUGACUUAAUAUGUUGUGGUCCUUCAACUAGUUUCGAUGAAAUGAUUGACAUUGUUUUAGCUUUCAAAUGUAAAGUUGUCCCACCAGAAGUUUACCGAUGGUUUCACCGACCCAGACGUGGACAUUGGCCAACACCGGAAAUGAUGCAAGCUGCAAGUGAAUGCUCUUGUUUUCUUAUUCCUGAUGGACAUUUCGAGAGUUUGAACAAUAAUAUUGAGUGGCGAAUUUCACCGAGCCAAAUCGAACGCAUUCUUGUUUUUAACUUUACAAUAGUGCAGUUAAAAUGCUACGUCGUCUUGAAAAUGAUCAAGAAACACAUUAUGGAACACUAUUUAAGUCAUAAUAGUAAAUUAACUUCGUUUCACUGCAAGACUGUUAUGUUCUUUACACUGGAGAGAGUAUCGCCAGCGGAGUGGAGAGAAGAUCGGCUCAUCGAAUGUAUAGGUUAUUGUUUGCAAACACUGCAAAUGUUCUUGAUAAGGGGUCAUUUGCCACACUAUAUCAUUCCUGAAUCGAACCUUUUCGAAGGAAAAAUCACUCGCCGCUACCAACUGGUAUUACUCGAAAAGAUAAAAGAGUUUUUGAAAAAACAUGAACUUGAACUCACACCAGAAAUAUUGUAUCUCUAUGAACGUUCUCUUGACACUGACGUGGCGUCUAGCAGACUGAAAUUGGCGUCAACGUUUUACUGCAGGGGAGAUUCACAUAGAGCGGCAGACGUGCUGAAUGACGUUGAACGUAGAUACGGUAAUAAUGUGCAUGCUGUAUGUCAGUGUGGAAGGAGAACAUAUAAACCCGACGAUUUGCUCAUUGAAAGUACAACGGAUGAUUGGAACUAUGAUACAGUAAUACGUAAAGUUGCCCUUUGCGUGACGUUUAAAGAUUCAGACAUUUUCUGUGUGCCACCAAUUCUUUUAUAUGAAAUGAACAGGGCUGUGAAUGACGAUGCUCAACAUAGAACCAGGGAGGAAAGAUUCUGGAUGGAUAUGGCCGCAGUAGACUCUCGACCAUUCCUCUUCUACCUACAGUAUCUCACGUACAGGGAACUGGGUCUUCGUACUAGACAGUUACUAGCACACAACAAUUUAAAAACCUGUUUAAAUAAUCAAGACAUAGUAAGGACAAUGUAUCAUCCUGAGACGGCUUGCAACUUGCUGGGGCACUGCUCGGAGAUGGAAGGAAAUCCGCUCCAAGCGUUAAAUUUAUACAUCCAUUCUGUUCAAAACGUUCCUAGAAAUAAUGCAGCCAACUGGCAUAUCAGGAGACUAACAGGCCAUUUAUAG